AACGGACGUGCUUGACACGUCUGGAACUCGUCGCCCACGUCGAGAGCGUGACGCUGCUGGUGUAAUCCGCCAGCUAUGUUCAUGCAGAUCGUGUGCUAGCUACUCAUUUCCUAGUGUUUCUUGUAUUCGGCGUCGUCGCUGCAUUUCGAAAAUUUCGUAGCAUUUCGUAGGAAUUUGGCACGAAAUAAAUCAGUUCAAAUCAUCGGAGAAAUCGCUGGUCGGGAUGCCCGAGGCGGCGGCGGCGGAGGAGGAAGGCGGUGAUGGCUGCUCGACGAGGCUAGGGUGCUACGGCUUCAUGGCGGUGAACGUCCUGAUGGGGCUGUACUGCUCCAUCGCCUACGCCGUGAGCGCCACCGUGGCGGGCGCCGUCGCCGUCGCGGUCGCGCUCCUCCUGCUGGCGCUCGCCGGCAGGCUGGCGCAGACGACGGGAGGAGGCUCCGCCGCGGCGGCGGCGUCGGGGCGGCGGCGGCGGCUGCUGAGCUGCCCGUGCGCGUGCGGGCUGAUGGCGCCCGGCGCGGGGGGGAUCGGCGUGCUGCCGGCGUUCGCGUACGAGCCCGGCGGCGGCGGCGGCGGCGUGCUGUGCGCGGUGUGCCUGGAGGACUUGCGCGGCGGCGAGAUGGUGCGGCGGCUGCCGGCGUGCGGGCACCUGUUCCACGAGGACUGCGUCGACGUGUGGCUGCGCGUCCGCCGGACUUGCCCGCUCUGCCGCCGCGUGCUCCCGCCGCGCAAGUCCGUGGCGGCCGCGGCGGCGGCGUCGGCCGCUGUGCUGCCGCCUGUCUGAUUCGGUAGUCGUUUCUGUUGUAUCGUCGCAGUAAAAUUAAGUGAAACUGCGCUCCUAAUUUGCAGGUACAAUGAUUGUAAUUGGGCUAAGAUCUUUGUGGGUUCUAUCAGUAUUCAAUGUAACCCCGUGUAGUGGAGUGGGAUAUCUACUUAAUUAAUACUAACUGUAAAAUCAUUAGAGAAUAAAAGAUUUUUGGACUCUAAUUUUAGUCACCUCUUGAAGAUGCUAUCUAGGCCCUGUUGGUUGUUUGUGACUUUGUGUAAGACCUAUGGGGACAAGUUGAUGCAUAGACUGAAA